AUGCCCGACAGAGCCCAUAUAGGCCCACGCAAAUAUGCAUACAAUAUCGACGCCGCCCGCGAACGGGAAAUGCAUCUCUACCUACCAUACUGGGGAUAUCCACCUGAAAAGUUUGCAAAGAAAACAGUUGGCCACCGUCCCAAUGUCUCGCCCGACAACGUUCUUACAGCCCUUGCGCAACUCACAAGCCUACAAUUAAACGCCAAAAGAACCCUUAUCUGUCUAUUCGAUCGCACAACACAACAUGUCAUCGCAGAAGCAACACCCAAACUUGGCUUUCGGGCUGAUCAAGGCGAUGAGUCGGAUUUUUUAUGGCUCGGUGAUGAGCGCUUUCGGUCCGCGCCUAUGGUGACGGGCUCGCCUCAUCACCGAUUCUACGUCUCUGUUCCGAUUAUGUCGCCAGAGUCUUAUGUAAUUGGCAGUAUCGCUGUACUAGAUGAUCGACCUCGAGAAGGGUUAGAUGAUUCGCAGGUUCGGAUUUUAAGAGAUAUCAGUGGGACUGUUAUGGACCACUUACUUUGCCAGCGUGCGACGCGCGAUGAGCACCGCGAUCAAAAGAUGGUUAGGGGUUUAGGUCUCUUUUUCACAGGGAAAUCAGAUCUCAAUGACGGAUUGACCAGUCCGGAGCACGGAGACGACCCGCAAGACCCGCUUGAUGAAGUUGAUGAGAAGUUGAAAAAGGUUCAGAUAACGACCGACGGCACGACAGAAAUGAUGCAAACGAACUAUAUGGACGAGGAUGACACCGAAAUUAGUUUGCAGCGUGGGAGAACGCCUAAGACACCCUCCACUCAUUCGGAUAUUGAACUUGAUCCGCGAGGUGCUGAACAAAGUAGGAGCCGAUCACCAGUUCAUACAUUCAAGGCAGACGAAAAAGAUGUGGAAAACAACGCGGAGAAAAGAGAAGAGAAUAGACGGCGCGCUUCACUCUCCCCAACGACAGGUGAAUUGAAGAAAUCACUAGCUCCAUCAAACGUCCAAUCAGUCCUCAACCGAGCCUCGUGUCUGAUGAAACAGGCUCUAGAAGUCGAAGGGGUCAUGUUCAUCGACGCCAGUGUGUACGCUCGACGCCAGAUGAUCGGGUCAACAACAGGUGAAGGAGAUAAUGCAGAGUUCAAUAUAUUCGACGAGAACACUUCACUGAACGACAACUACUUUAGCGAUGCAUUUGACGAUAAACACGGACCAAAGAGUCUUGUUCUGGGGUAUUCGACAUCAUCUACCUCCAGUAGAGACAACUACGAGCAAGAGAGUCAUUACAUUUCAUUGCCAGGAGGAUUUGUGAAUCAUCUGAUAGAUCAUUAUCCGCGUGGAAAGAUCUUCCUCCUAGAUAAAGAUGGUUCCAUUGCAUUGAGCCACGAAGGACUAGUAAAUAACGUGAAUCAGGCAUAUUUAAAUGGCACAAAGACUAUCCAGGCAGAAUCACCAGAGGAAAAACAUAUCCGACGCGAAACUAUGGAAAUUCAAUACUUCCACAAAAUCCUGCCUGAAGCUCGAUGGAUUUCUAUCUACCCUGUGUGGGAUUUCCAUCGCAGCAGAUGGUUCACUGUGAAUAUGGCGUGGACCAACGACCCCAGCUGUACGAUGUCCGAGCCAAGCGACCUCACAUAUAUGGCUGCAUUCAGCAACAGUGUCAUGGCUGAGAUUUCACGCAUGGAUCUGCAGGCGGCUGAUCGAGCUAAGAGCGACUUUAUCUCGUCUAUCUCUCAUGAGCUGCGCUCUCCGUUACAUGGUGUUCUUGGCACAGUGGAGCUACUCCAAGAAGCUGUCACGACGCAUACUCAGCGAGGCUUGGUUGAGACUGUUGCUAGUUGUGGGCGAACCUUGCUGGACACACUCAACCAUUUAUUGGAUUACGCUAAGAUCAAUACAAUAAAGGCACCUCAAUCCUCAGAAGAGCCGAGCUCGAAAGUGUCUCUACAAAAGGCUGCCAUUCCUGGCGUUAUCCAAGAUAUCGAUCUAUCAUCAUUGGUGCAAGAAGUUGUAGAGGGCUUGUUAGCAGGCUCGGAGUUCUACAAUCGAGAGACCGAAUCCUCUUCAAAACAACACAGGCGCAAGUCUGCCCUCUCUGAUAAAAGCUGGAGUCAGAACCGAAUCAUCACCAUUGUGGAUAUCGAGUGGCAAGACAACUGGUAUCACCCCAUAUACAGCGGUGCAUGGCGUCGAAUAGUGAUGAAUCUUUUCGGAAAUGCCCUGAAAUACACACCUUCAGGCUAUAUCAGGCUCUUCAUAAAAGAAGACAUGAUGGCAGUGCAGGGUAGUAAAGAGCUUGUCCCUGCAGUCCGUCUGACUAUCAGCGACUCCGGCCGUGGCAUGUCGCAAGACUUCCUUCGAAACCACCUCUACAUCCCAUUCCUUCAAGAAGAUACCCAGUCGCCUGGACUUGGUGUCGGUCUGCACCUUGUGCAUCAGAUUAUCAAAUCGCUAGCUGGCCGGAUUCAGUUCCGUAGCGAGGUAGACCGCGGUACUGAGGUCGAUGUGAUCAUCCCAGUCCAAGGUUCAACGAAAAAGCCUUCGCUACCAUCCCUGUAUACUGCUUUACGGGAACGAGUAUCUGGUAAGACGGUAUCGUUCUUUACAAAGAGCUUUGACCGCGGCGACCUAGGCAUCCGGCAAGAGGUCUUCAACAAUAUCAAGUCUAGUUUAGGCCGAAUGGCAACAGAUUGGUUCGGUUUACAUGUUUUGAGCGCCGACGAGCUUCAGACGCAAAAGGCCGACUUUUUGAUUGUCACCGAACAUGAGUACCGCACUCUGGCGAAUGAAUCGUCUCAGUCGGAUGUUCGGAGGUCCAUCGAGUCACGCAAUGCUUCCCCGCUUAUUGUACUUAGCGGACAGGCUAGUAGCUUGCGAGUGGCGAAAGAGAACAGUCAGGACCGCGCGAUCUUUUUGUCACAACCAGUGUGUCCAAAGACUCUAGCAGCUGUCCUCGAGCACUGCUUAGAUCUGCAAGAAGGACAGAGAGACCCGGAUCACCGUUUGGGUCGUGCACUAGAUGGGAAGUUGGAAAUCGAGAACACCGAUCUAGCUACAGAGCAGGAAAUGAUUCAGACCCAUACUCCUGAGCAGAUACAGUUGUCAGAAAUGUCAGAAGAACAACAUGGGUCAUCCGAAAACCCCUCACCUUCGAAAAAAAUUCUAUUAGUGGAAGAUAAUAGAAUCAACUUGAAGAUCAUGGAAACAAGUGUGAAGGGUUCCGGGUUUGUAUACCAAACCGCAACAAACGGCCGAGAAGCCGUUGAGAAAUUCAAAUCCAAUCGAUUCGGCGUUGUUGUGAUGGAUAUAUCAAUGCCAUACAUGGAUGGGUUAACGGCGACACGAGAAAUGAGACAUCUUGAAAAGACGCAGGGCUGGCCCCGUACUACUAUCAUCAUUCUUACUGCUGCUUUGUCUGCUCAGGUGCAGCAGGAUGCUGCUAUGAGUGGUGUUGAUGAGUUUUUAACUAAGCCCAUUCCGCUUAAACAGCUUAAUCUGAUGCUACGUAGCUUGCUACGGCUAAAUAGCUAA